UUAGUUUAAUUGAAAAUUGUAUUGAAUGUUAUACUAAUUUAUUGCCUUUUAAGGCCCGUCAGCUUCCUUCUGAUAUGUUGGAUUUUUCUAAAGAUAUUAACUUAGAUCUUUAUCAGGUUGAAUCAAACAGAUUGGAUGAAGAUUUUCCCUUAUUACCUUCAGAAAUUCAAUGCGAAGGAUACUCAUAUGAUGAACUUUAUGAAAAUUCAUUUGAAUCAUCAGAUUCUAGUAGUGAAAAUGAAACCCUUGAUUGUAAUAUGGAUAGUAUGCUAUAG